GUCCCGAGAAUGGCCUCGGACAUGGAGUCGUCGCUCGAGGCCAGCCUCUCGGCCAGCGGGGCAGUGGCCGGGGCCUCGGGGUCUCUGCCGCCGGCGCGCUCCCGCAUCUUCAAGAUCAUCGUGAUCGGCGACUCCAACGUGGGCAAGACGUGCCUGACGUACCGCUUCUGCGCCGGCCGCUUCCCGGACCGCACGGAGGCCACCAUCGGGGUGGACUUCCGAGAGCGCGCGGUGGAGAUCGACGGGGAGCGCAUCAAGAUCCAAUUGUGGGACACAGCGGGACAAGAACGAUUCAGGAAGAGCAUGGUGCAGCACUACUACAGAAAUGUGCACGCUGUUGUCUUCGUGUAUGACAUGACCAACAUGGCGAGUUUUCAUAGUCUGCCAUCUUGGAUAGAAGAAUGCAAGCAGCACUUGCUCGCCAAUGAUAUUCCACGGAUUCUUGUUGGAAAUAAGUGUGACUUGAGAAGUGCCAUUCAGGUACCUACAGACUUGGCACAAAAAUUUGCUGACACGCACAGUAUGCCUUUGUUUGAAACCUCUGCUAAAAACCCCAAUGAUAAUGACCAUGUGGAGGCCAUAUUUAUGACCUUGGCUCAUAAGCUUAAGAGCCACAAACCAUUAAUGCUUAGUCAACCCCCAGAUAAUGGAAUUAUCCUGAAGCCUGGACCCAAGCCUGCAAUGACGUGCUGGUGCUAAAUAAGUCUUCAUUAUAUGAUCUAAUUUUGACUAAAAAAAAAUACUUUUGAAGUAUGACAAUGAUAAGUCAUAAGAUUUAAUCUCAUGUGUAAUGGAUCUUCCUGACACUUUGCUAUUUAUCAUUGCUCACUUUUGUAUUUUGUUUCUACUUAAUAAAGCUUGUCACUGUGACAAUACCAGGCAAAAGUUGCAGGUUGCAGGUUUGCAGGUGAGGUUGAAAUUGAAGCAAAGGUAGGGUGAAUUUGAACAUCUUUGGGAGCUCAAUAAAAGAGCCUUCAAAUGAGGGUAUGAUGAAAUUUGAGUUCAAUCUGUUCCUGGGGCUGAAAAAAAAAAAUAGGGUUUACUACAUAUUUGCUGGUAUAAUCUUGAAUGGAAGUGUUCUCAGUAGAUAAAACCUGGUAUUUGCCUCCCUGGAGUUCCUUCCUUGUACUAUUCGUGUACCUACAUGCAUUAUUAUGGGUACAUUUUAGAGCCAGGACUUUAAUUCUAGUGGGAGGAGAAGACAUAGAAUGUUUUCUGGUUCUCAGUCCUCAAAGAAUGCCUUUUCCAACAGUUCUAGACACUUGAUAUCUCUAAGCAUUAUCAAUCAGGUCUACAGAAGUCGUUGUUUUGUAAAAUAGUGAUUUGAAUUUUUUUACUUGAUUUUAUUGUGUGCAAAAGUCAGUCAGAUUUUAUUGCAAAUGAAAUGAUAUAAUAAGGUGCUUUAUACUUUAUUUUGAUAUCUUUAAACAGAGAAGACCUAACUGAGAGCAGUUGAGGAGUUAUUACAGGAGGGGAAGGUAAGCAAGGUUCCGGGUCGCACAGGAGACCUAUUAGCCUCUAAUUAUUUCAAGCUGUGUCUGGCAUGGCCUCCCCCACUUCCAAUCCAUUUAACUAGUAAAGGCUGAGUUAACGAAUCAUCUUCCAUUUGGAUUGUAGCUCCGGGGGCAUCCAUCUGAUUAUUUGGAGUCUACAUAUACCUCUAUAAUUGUAUUAUGGAGGUUACAGCACAUCAAUUCUUAAAAUUUUAUGGACACAACAAGCUAUUCCUCCUCUGCAUGAAAAAAUAGGCUAGAUCUUGGAAAAUACCUUGACUGCCCCUCAGUGACGGAAAGACUAUUCCAAAAGAUUUUUUUACCCUAAAUACUUUUAUUUUGAAUUUCCAAGUUUGCACAUGGAGAACAGUAAGCUUGCAUAUGAAGCUAUUACACGAAUGGAGUGUAAGCCAUGACCUCGAACUGAAGUGUGCACGUUUGCUAAUUCUGUUAGAUUGCUGUCCUUGAUGAUUUUAGAAGAAAUUAAGCCAAAAGAUGAUUGUAAUUACACUAGUUUCAGAAUAUGGGAAACCAAUUAAAUCAGAAACCAAAUCUAGUUUAGGACUUUCUUUAAUUGUUAUGGUGGUCCUAACUGGUUAACUGAAUUAUAGAAACAUGAUAAUGCUAGUGAAUGCACUAGAUGAGAACAAUAAUAAUUUUAAAUAUUAGAUUUAAGAACAAAUAAGUUGGCUUUAUUCAUGUAUAGGGAGAGUAAUUCAUUUUUCUUAUGCUAGACUUGAAAAUGGUUUGGCCAUCUAAGUUAAUGUUGAUUUGUGUCUUUUUUUAUAGGAAAACAAUGACAGCUGUAAUAAUUGUGAUGGGUGUAGGAGUCAGAGUUUUAAAGAAGGGAAUCUGUUAUUGAUUUUCAAAACAUUUUCUAACAUGGGGAGAGAAAGUUUACAGACUUUUCCAAGCACAUUUAUGUUUUUUCAGCAUGUUAUUAAUGGAUUAAAAAAAUUUAGCAUUAUUUCUUUUUGUAAGACGUUAGUAGUAAGUAUCCUUUAUAGUUCUAGGAAACAACUUAUUUUUUCACUUUAAUAUUUAUUUAAAAAUAUUUGUAGCUCAUUUAUAAUGUUUUGUUUUAAUUUUUCGAUGUAUAUUAUCUUUUAAAAGAACAUACUUAUCAGUGAAUGGGGAUACACUUUUAAAUACCUUCCAAAAUAUUUUUAAAGCAUUUCAUUGACUAUUGAGAAAUCACUUACAAAAUGGUGACUAUCAACCAACCAACCAUUUUUAACACACAAGUCACACACUUUGUUACCUCUGUGUGAAUUUGUUCUAACUGACUUUUAAGGGAAAACAUCAGAUAAGUUUUGGGGGAAAGUCUUAAUUUGUGAACACCAAAGGAAGCUAAUCCAGAAUUUAAUUAGUUAACUAUUAAUGAUAAUGCUGUAUUGAUAGCAAAUUGCUGAUACACUUCCUCAUGAAAUCAAAACUGAAGUAAAAUAAUUUCGUGGUGGAAAAGUGUCACUGUAACGUUUUCCUCCUGAAGUCCAAUAAACCAGCUUUACCAUAAAUAAAUUGUGUUUCAUUUCCGUUUGUUGGUGC